GUACGGCCCGGCCGGAGGUGAGGCCCGGGAGGCGGCUGGGCUAGCGGCGACCACGCGAUGGGGCUGCGCGCUGGCGGCAGGACCGGCGCCAGCCGCGGGGCGCCCGAGGGUCCCGGGUCGGGCGGCGGCGCUCAGGGCGGCAGCAUCCACUCGGGCUGCAUCGCUGCGGUGCACAACGUGCCGCUGAGCGUGCUCAUCCGUCCACUGCCGUCGGUGCUGGACCCGGCCAAGGUGCAGAGCCUGGUGGACACGAUCCGGGAGGACCCGGACAGCGUGCCCCCCAUCGACGUCCUCUGGAUCAAAGGGGCCCAGGGGGGCAACUACUUCUACUCCUUCGGGGGCUGCCACCGCUACGCGGCCUACCAGCAGCUGCAGCGCGAGACCAUCCCUGCCAAGCUGGUCCAGUCCACCCUCUCGGACCUGCGGGUCUACCUGGGGGCCUCCACUCCCGACCUGCAGUAGCAGCCUCCUCCCACCCCAGGAGCCCGGAAUUCCACCUGGCCAGCAGGCGGGGCCACACAGAGGGCGCAGCAGGGAUGUGUGCGGUUUCUUUGUGCCUUGGGGGACCGUCUGACUCUGGCUCUGCCUUUGCUAACGGCCAGGCCUUGGACUCAGGCAGAACAGGGUGGGAGCCCCAGUUGUCACCACUGAAAGUAUGAUCAUGGCCUUAUCCUCCAAGGACUGUUGAAGAUGAGAUGAGAAAAGAGAUGGACUUGGAGAGCUGCAAGCUGCUGGCUCCAGAGUCCCAAGAACAAGGCCCUUCUUCACACUCUUCAUGAUACCUUGCUCUGUGAUUACGUUCGGCUGCAAGUAAAAGAAAGCCUAGGUUCCGGUUAACAAGGAGAGGUUUAUUUUUCCACACUGCAUGAAUUCUGGAGACAAAUGGCCCAAAUGGUGUCACUUCAACAGUGCAGUGAAGGCAGGGCUUAUGUCUCUGUGAUCCUUUUGCCCUGUCCUCCUUGUUUGCUACUUCAUAGUCCCAAGAUGGCUGCUGUGUCUCCAGGAAUCGUGUCUGUCUUUAAGAGAGAGGUGCUGCUAAAGAGGAAGGGACAGGUCACCUGGGCUGUCAACUUCUACCAGAAAGAACCUCUUCCAGAGGCUUGGGUCCUGCCUGCCCUCUCCCCUGCAUAUAUCUGCUUAGGUCUCCUGGGCCGGCCAUACGUAACUGCAAAGAAAGGUAAGAACAGAACUGUCAUGGUUGAGCACACCAGUCAUGUCCCAUCUUCUGAGACCGGCAUGUUGCCUGCUGAAAUAAAAUUGGGAUGCCAGGAGAGAGGAGGAGCAGGGUAUUGGUGAGACUUCACUGUGACAGAAGCCUUCCGUCCUUAGCAGCCCCAAAGUUAUUUCUUUACGUAUAAUUCUGUGGGUUGGCAACUUGGGCUGGGCAGCUCUGAUGUCCUGCCUGGGGCUAUCCUCAGCUGUCACCUAAGCCGGGGCUACUUGCUUGUCAGGCAGAUGACUGGCUGUGGCCGGGGUGGCUUGAUUCUCUUCCAACAGGCUAACUCAGGCUUGUUCACCAGAUUUUGGCCUCAAGAUUCCAAAAGAGUCAGAACUAGAACUUCUAGAACUCUAGGUUAGGGACUGUGACAGUGUCACUUCUAGGUUCUUUUGAUCAGAGCAAAUCGUAAGUCUUUGUCCAGAGUCAAAGGACAGAAACCACUACACCUCUCGAUGAGGGGAACUGCAGAGAACUUGGGGCCAUUGUUCAUCUAUCACAAAUAGGUGUCAAAUAACUCCUCCUUCUCCCUCUCCCUCUCCCUCCCCCCCCUCUCUCUCCACACACAGGGCCUCACUUUGGCCAGUCUUAUGUCACUAAGACAAUGUCCUGGCCCUCAAAGUCUAGGGGACAAGGUGAUAAGGCAGAAUCUGGGUCUCCAAGGGCCAGAUCCACUCUAGUAGGGCAUCUCAUCAGCAUGGGUGAGAUGAGAUUGGCAGGUGGAACAUUCCAGAAGAAUUCCAGAAGGUUGCAGAGUGAGGUGGGGCUUGUUCUGGCUGGCCUUAGGCAACUCAGCCACUUGGCAACUCCAAGCCUUAGUUUCCGCAGCUCGGUAGUGAGGACAACAGCUUUCCCCAUCCAUUGGGCGUCCUGGGGAAUAGGAUUGGAAAGGUAUCGAAUGCAGUGUGGCAUCCUGGAUUAGAUCUUAGAACAACAACCACAACCAAAAACAAGACAUUAGCAGAACAGCUGGGACUCUGAUGAUAAAGUCUGGAUGUUAGUUAAUACUAUACCAAUGUCGGCCUUGGUUUUGGCAAAUGUACUGUGGUCAUCUGUGAAGUCGAUUUAUUGUGAAGCUGUUGGGGCGGGCUGGGUGGAGAGGGUGGGAUCUGUUUGCACUAUCUCUGUACUUUUUCCAUAAGUCUAAAGUCAUUCCAAACUAAACAUUUAUUUAAUAAAAUUCGGGCUGCGUUUGCCUUAGUUGGUUCGGACGCUCAGGCUGGGUUGGUGGACUCCGCCCCGAGUUUCUGAUCCAACAGGUCGGUUGACUCCGCUCAAGAAUGUGCACAGCUAACAAAUUCCUGGGUGAUGCCAAUCUGCUGUGUAGGGACCUCAGGCUGAGGACGGCUGAUUCAGACUGCCUUGGCUAUUUUCCAAUACGGUGACACCCCACACACCAGCGCUCCCAGGGCAGAGGCAAGACCCUUGGGUGGGGCCCAGGAGAUCUGGGUUCUGAACCAGCUGGUGGACCCACUCGAUGGGUGACAUUGGGCAUGUCUUUGCCUUCCCUGGAGGAUUUCCCCAAGCUGUCAAAUAGACCGUCUGCCCCUAAGUGUGCAGGGAGGACGUGUCCCGUAAACUGCUGCUUUGAGGUGCCUUGCAUGAAUGAGCCCCUCAGGCCUCCAGGCUGAAGUAAGUGAGGCUGGCCUCUCCCUUCUGAAAGGACGUUUCCUUCUUGUAGAGAAGACCCAGCCAGGCAGGCUCUGAGUGGGUGGUGCAGAACAGGUCAGGUCACACUUUGGAGCAGCUGGGGUUUUAAGGGUGUGACCUGAUGAUGCUCUGGAGGCCGCCUGAGAGCUGCAUUUCCCACUUGGACCAGCAGGUGGUGCUGCUUCCCAGCCCCACCGAGCAAGGCUGGGCCUCUGGCCCACAAAACAGCUGCUGGCUGGAAGGGCCUAGCCAGGGACAGGUGACUGGGGCUCAGAGAAGCUGGGGACCUCACUGGGAGUCUGGAGCUUCGGGUUCUGCUCAUCCCUUCUGCACUUGCUCUGUGUCAUGGACCCUUCCAAAAGGAGGCACUUCCUCCAAGAAGCUUCUAGACCCUUCCAAGCUGGGCUAUGGUGCCUCUUUAGGGCUCCCAUGAUCGUGUGGGUCCCCUCCCAAACAAACCCCUGCCCCCAGGAACUUGGAUGCAGUGAAGGCAGUGUGUGGGGAACCCCUGAGGCCCCUCCAUGCUCUAGAACCCACAGAUGGUCGAUUUUAAAUCAGUUUUAAAAUUCAUAGUUACGUGUAGUAUAUUUAGGUUAAGAUAAAACAAUAAGGUAUUGAAAUGUUAAAUAAAUAAAAUUUAAAAAAUUAAAAUAUCAAAGCCCACCAUGAGUGCUGGUCCUGGUUUUCCCUGUGCCCUUUGGGGACAUUUACGUUCAGGGAUUAGGCUGUGCCCUUCCUGCCUUCCAUCUGCCCUUGCAGUAGUGAACAUGUGCGAGUUCCCUUGCAGAUUGCCCCUGGCAGCGUGCCCUGGCCACCUGCCCCAUUGGCACUGUGCUCUUCUCCCAGAGUUCCCGCAUUCUGGUCUCUGCCCAAAGGUUACUUCUUCUGAGGGGCUUUUCCCCAUCAUUCUGUCCCUGUCCCAAGUUUUAUUUUCUUCAUAGCUUUUAUCACUCUCUAAAAUGAUCCUCUGUGUCUGUUCCUAUCUGCCUCACCCAUAGUAGUACUAGUAGUAGUACCAGGGAUUGAACCCAGGGAUGCGUAACCCCUGAGUUACAUCCCCAGCCCUUUUUAUACAUCAUUUUGAGACAAGCACCCCUAAGUCGCUUAGGACCUCACUGAGUUUCUGAGGUUGGCCUUGAACUUGCGAUCCUCCCGCCGAAGCCUCUUUGAACAGCUGGGAUUACAUAUAUGCGCUACCAUGCCUGGAUAAGGAUUCUUGAGGCAAUACUGGGCCUGUCUUGCUUACCACAGGGAGCCUGUGCUAAGAACAGCACCUGAUACAUAGUAAGUGUUCAAUAAACAGCUGUGAAGUACAUGAA